AUGGAACCAAUAGAUCUAUAUUCACUGCUCAAAGUGGGCCGAGAUGCCACUGAAGAAGAAAUUCAUAAAGCGUACAAAAGUCUUUCCACAUCUUUUCAUCCGGACAAGCUCCCACGAACGACAUCACCAGAAAAACGAGACCGAAUCCAGCAAAUAUUCCUUGAGUUUAAACGCGCAAAUGAUGUCUUGACUGAUCCUGUAUUAAGACUCGUUUACGAUUUUCAGGGAGAAAGUGGUGUUGCUUUGGUUCGAAGAAUACAACAGCAGAGUCGUGAUCAGACGAGAAGACGAGAAGAAGAGGCAAAUCUUUCCGAUGACGACUCUGAUGAUAAUAGUGAUUCUGAUGAUGAGACGGAACUCAACCUAUACGAUAAAAUUGAAAUGUUUCUAAAGACGAAUCCACUCCAGGCCAAAGCUGAAAUGCAACGGUACUUUGAACAGUAUGAUUACAACCAAAACCUUACGGAAGAGAGCCAACUUCAACUCUCUUGCAACAUGGAGUUCCCACCCGUUCUUAACUUGAAAAAAAUGAUGUACCAAGGCAGGGACUAUACACAAUAUAUUCAAAAGAGAACAUACGCGGCAACACAGAAUGCGUCAACUGAAGAUCGAGAGUUGUAUAAUCAAAGAAUAAAACAAGAGCAAGCCCUUGUCAACUACCAGCUAAAUCGGUUUCGGGAUACACAAAAGGCAGAAGUUGGAAUUACUCUCACAAGCCAAGUUCCAGUAAAAAUACAAAGCGUGACAGGUACUCCUGUCCAACCCAAGUGGAGCAUGAUUAUGGGUGGAACUACAAGUUUCAUCUAUCCAGGUGUGUCCGAGAUGAAUGCCCUGGCUGGCAAGGAUACAGAGGAUGAAAAACAUCCAGUUUCAAUGUUUAUUAAUGCAAUAUAUCAACCAGUCCCAGCAACUCAAAUCACCAUUACAACCAACAUGACGAACACUCAAUCGCAUCAACUGAUUCUAGGGUCCGCACGAACCUUUUCCAAUCGCUCUGCUUUCCGCUACAACAUGACGUUUCUAAGCAAAUCGCCUCUUGAUACAAACUUGAUAAUGAAUAUGAGAAGUUUCCGCCAUAUCAAGGGCUAUGGAAUGGCCUCCACUGGCCUCUCUGUUGGUGGCAACGGAAAGCCACUACAGUGGAAUGCACAAUAUGAAGGGCAACGGGGCACAGUUUAUCACCAAAAGUAUUCUGCCAAAGUGAAUCUUGGAGUAUUGCAAGGAAAUUCAGUAGAUCUCACCUAUCGACUUAGACCACAAAAGUCUCACUGGCUUAAGGAGUACUUUCCGAUUCCGAAAGCAAUAGAAGCGACUGGCGUCAUAAGUUCCUUUCCAAAAGUCACGGGAACAGUGAUUCAUGAAUUCACGGUGCUUGCGAAUCACCCUGAACUUGGGUUUGGAAUGGAACAUGACAUUUCGUUGGGAACAUGGACUUGGGUCUGGGAGUGGACCUAUCAAAACUCGACCUUCCGAGUACCAAUUCCAGUAGUCCGAAUUGGCACUGUAACUGAUCCCAACUUUUACAGUCAAAAGAUUUAUUCUGCACUUUACAGCUUGCUGAUCCAAGCCAUGGUUGCUGACUUAUUCCAAGAUCUCGAAGAUCAAAAGAAGAGUAACGACGAUGUCCGAAACCCACAAACCGAAGUUCAGAAACCAAGUUCUGAACUAAAGACAAAACAAGUCGCAGAACAGCAAGUUGCGCUGAUGGCUUCUAUUUCGGACAAGAAACGAAUACAAGAGUCACAAAAGAAGCGAGGCGGUCUUGUGAUUCUCCGAGCAACAUAUUGGUUGGAAUUACCGCCUGAAGAAGAACAACUGGCAGGGCGUGUAGUCUCCAUGGAUGCCACGCGGCAGCUUCAGUUUUGGGUGGUAAAUGGAAAACUAUCGCUUUCGUCACUUCCCAAAUCGUCUUGGCUUGGAUUUUACAAUCUUGAAACGGAGAAUACUCGGCCUAAAAAGUCAAAAUCCAAGAUGGACUGGAGAGUAUGGCGACGCUGGAUGAAGAAAAGUCGCCCAUCUUCUGAACAAGAGGCAAAGAUGCCUCAGUUGACUGUUCGCUAUCGACAUGAUGACUAUGUAUACGAGACGACUAUUGGCGAAAACGACGCCACUGUUUUACCAAGCAACAAAUCUCAGUUGCUUGGCCAUGCUGGUUCGGUAGAAUAG